AUGUCACCGCUGUUAUUUAAAUGCGAUAAGUGUAAUCCAACUAGUGCGAAAUUCACAAUGACAGAACUAUUUAAUUUCAAAGAAAACACCAAUUUGGAAGGUUUUACCUUAAUUGUGCCCAGUGUGUCUGUCGGAAACGUGCCACAACUUACCGUAGACUUACUAAUAGCGUCUUUGGGUUUCAAAAAAGGGGCUACUGUGUGGCACCCUGGUAUUGUUUCUUCGGUUGGACCAGACCCGUAUGAAGUAAACGGACCAGAGAUAUGUACAGCUUGUGAAUUGUACGUCAAAGAAGAUUUAAAACUGGCACUGCUGCAGCUACGAUCUACAAUUGACUUUAAACUCGCAACGAAAUUUUUUGACGACCUAAAACAAGCCCUGUUACGAUUUAAACUAAAAAGUGUCGUUAUCCUGACGAGUUCGUUUGAUUAUGAGCUGCACGUUGUGAGCAAUAACAAAUUUUAUUACAUUAGUAAUCAAGAUGUGGGUGAACUUAUGAAGAGUAUUCAUGUACAAAUAAAAGAAGCGGAGUUCAAUGGAAAAUACCUUGUCCACGGCUCUGGAUUUGCAGUGAAGCUAUAUGAAACUCUGGCAGACAGUUUUGAGUGUAUAGUUUUAAUUAAAUAUGUGUCUGAGGGUGAUAAUAGACCAGACGCUAUUGCCACUGUAGACGUUUUGAACAAAUUUCUUGACAACCUUUCUACUUGUAGUUUAAAUGAUAUAAAAUUCCCCAGUUCGUGGAACUGUGUUUUUGGGGGUCCACCACCUGUGGGAAUUUACUGAUGUAAUAAAAUAAAUCUUUAUUUAAAAAAA